CUCUCUCUCAGUCCCUCUCUCCUUCGCAUUUAUCUCCAACUUUUCUCUCCCUAAUUUAAAAAAAAAAAUCCGUGCAAUUAAAUUUUCCAAUUCCAUUAUUUACAGAAAUGGUAUUUUCCCAAAUAUUUAAUAUUUUAUAAUCUCUCCGUUCCCUGUACUUGAUUCCGGACAACCGGUUCUCUGCAGCAGCAGCAGCAAAAAGCCCCCCACUUUCGACCAAUCCGCCGCCGUUUUGACCCGCUAUGGAGAGCGUUGGGCUUCAAAGAGUUGGAGUCGUUCAACGUCUUCCGCUCCUCGUCGUCAACUUAGUUGCUGGGGCUCUGGUUUUGCUUUUUGCUCUUGCUGGAUUUUUCACAGGAGGUAUUGCUGGUGCUUUAGCUGGGAAGGCUUCUGAUAGAGGUGUUGUACGUGGAGCUGGAUUGGGUGCUGUUGCUGGGGCUGUGCUCUCCGUCGAGAUUUUGGAGGCGUCGCGUGAUCUACUGCGGCUAGGCCGCCCUGGCUGGCGGAGAUCUUCAUUGAUGGUUACCCUUGCUAAUCUUCGUCAUGAUGUCGAUGGAGGAGCGGAAACCAGAGGGCUGUCAAGGGAUGUUCUGAAGAAACUACCAUCUGAUGUGAUCUUGAAGGAUACCAAGGCAGCUCGGGGUUGCUGUUGUACGAUAUGUUUGCAGGAUGUUUAAGAAGGAGAAACUGCGAGGACGCUGCCCAUGUGUCAGCAUACGUUUCACUUGGCGUGCGUGGACAAGUGGCUCAGCAGACACGGUUCGUGCCCUUUAUGCCGGCGAGAUUUGUGAACAAAACACAGGUUGAUUUUUAUCACCAAGGUCUUUCGAAGUAAAGUUUUUAAGAAAAACUAAUGAAAAAAGCUUGAAAACUUUGAGUUUUAAUCAAGAAGACAAAAAAAUGUUGAGUAAAUAGUACCAGAAGUGACUUUUUAGAUUAAAAAUAUCAUUUUUCGUUAAAAGUGAAUAGUACCAUGAGUGUUUCGUUAAAACUCCCAAGUUUUUAUCCCCUUACUGUUUAUGUAAAUUCAGGUUUUAGAUUUGUGUAAGCUGUAAAUAGCUUAGUCAUAGUUUGUGGUGAGUAUUGAAGAUGUUCUUGUGUAUUUGCUCCCUUUAGAGAUGGACCGGAUAUUGAACAAGAAUAUUUUAUCUAAGAAAAUUGAACAAAUUUUUUUUGAAAAUAUAAUAAACUGAAUCUUUUGGCA